AUGGUCGCUCUCAAGUUCUGUCUCUUGUUCCUUGCGUUAGGCGCACAGACGCUCGCUGGGCCAGACAAGCCAGAAUCCACCUGUUCUACCAUUCUUGGGUCAAAAACAGUAAAGAACGUCCCAACAUCUACAGGCACAGUGAAAAGGAAUAUCACUAUCGUCAAGAAGGUUAUUCGCAAGGUCAAUGUCAUUGUUGUCCCGCCCGCUAAGACUACAACUACCGUCGAGACCUCAACUGUCAAAUCAACCACUACGAACUUGGGGCGCACAUCUACUACAACCUCGACAGUUGACCUAUCCACCUUCAUCGACGUCAGAACCUCUUGGAAGAUGGAGACAUCAACCACCAGUUCUAUCACAACUAAAUUCAUCACCACGACCAUCACUCGACCACCUUCGUGGAUAGCUAUCAAGGGAGAUCCUGAUUGGAGGCCUAGAAAACGUGCCGAAAAGAACGAUGGAUUUGUUAAUGUCGAAGCAUUAACAAAUAAUCAACUUCCACAAAGCGUUCGUUGUGUUAGAGAGAUACCCAAAUACUCUACCAAGACGGUUGUCACAACGGUCAAAGGGCCCAGGAUUACACUCAAGGCUGCCACCAAGACGAAAACCUCUACUGUUCCUACAACUAUCACAGUCACAGACUACCCAAAUGCCAGGAUAACGGCAACCGAGAUUUCAUAUCGCUCUGUGACAACAAUCGUUCGAGAUGUCACCUCAACUAGCACCAUUCCCGAAACUGCAUGUGCGUCCAACCCUCUUUGUGUCGGCUCAUAUAUUGAGGAUGGUGUAUGCAAGAUUUUUGUUCCCAAGGACAGUGAUAUGUGCCUCAAUGGUGGUCAAGACGAGAUCGGAGGCUAUAUGACAUAUCAAGAACUGGACUCGGGAUUUGAUAUCAUAUUCAGCAACGGACCUUGUGGCAAGUUUAAGAAUUACGGUAUAAGUGCCAACCAAGAUUAG